AAGAGAAAAAAAUAAGUUUAAAAUUUACAUACUGCUGGUGUCGCUGUGAAGAGUCUUCUUGAGAACAAAACUGACCUGUAUCAACCUGCGAUUCACCCUCAAAACACACACACACACACACCCGUACAGACAUGUUUAUGAAGCGCGUGAGUAAAUGUCAAUGAUUUGAAGUCUGUUCAGUUUGCUUUUCUCGUGCACGCGGUUCAUGUGUCGGGCGCGGCUCCGACUGUCAAACGAGCAGAGCCGAGCACCAAUCGAUUGUAUUAAUAACAUCCACAGAUUUUACUGGAUCAUCAGCGACAUGAGGAUUUCAUUGUUUCUCGUUCUCGUUUCGGCAUGUGGAGGUGUUGAUACAGGUGAAGUGAAGGUGAUGUCAGUGAUGGAGGGAGAUUCUGUCACUUUAAACACGUGUGUUAAUGAUGUUCAAAAAGACAGCUAUAUAAUGUGGACAUAUGGACCUGAAAACAAUGUGUUGGCUAUUAUGGACAAGGGUUCACAGACCAUAGAUGAAGAUCGUCUUGAUGAGAUGUUCAGAGGCAGACUGAAGCUGGAUCCUCAGACAGGAUCUCUCCGCAUUAAAAACAUCAGGAUCGGUCAUUCUGGACUUUACACAGUUGAGAUUACCAGCAACAGAGAAGGACCGUCCAAAAGAGAUUUCAAUGUCAAUGUAACUGGUGUGUUUGAUCCAGAAGCAGAUAAACUGAAGUCAGUGUCAAUAAAUGAGGGAGAACCUGUUACUCUAAACACUGGUGUCACUGUGAAGAGAGAUGAUCUGAUACUGUGGAAGUUUGUACAGUCCACCAAACACUGCGUUUAUGAUGCCUUCCAUAACAUCCAACACAUCGCCAAGCUGGAUGGAGAAACCCGAGAGACAUCGCUGGAUGCUGGUGAAGACCAGAUAUUCAGCGGCUGUCUGUCGCUGAACAAAGAGACGGGCGAUCUGACCAUCAGUAUCACUAAAACCAAACACACAGGAUGUUAUUUUCUACAGAUCAACAGUAACACCGGGACUCGAUUCAGGAGGUUUAACGUGACUGUCAAUGCCACGACAAAACUUGGACCCCGUACGCACUGGGAGGUGACUGGUCCAGUAGUUUUGGCAUCAGCGUCUGUACUGGUGCUGAUUGUGAUGGGCCUGAUCUACCGCUUGAAAAAAUAAAAAAAGUUCAAGCUCUGCAGGAAUUGAGAGUCAAGUGUUAAAGGACUUAAGCACCUGCGAGGAUCAGAACAGUGUUUAGAAACACAAUAAAGGGAACACAUUUAACAAUGAUCCGUUUCUUUUGUAGAAGUCUUGUGCCUGUUUUGCAGCAAGUUUCAUUCAUAUGUGUAAUAUCACGUGAUCUAUUAACGUGUGAUUUUUAUUUUAUUACAGAGAACAGAGUACAGACAAAGAUUCAGAAAGGGCGUAACUGAAAUCUUGAAAUGUUCUCAAUGUUUAGUCACUGAAUAGAGAAUAUAACACAAGUUUUGAUUUAUAUUGGUAUUUAAACCCAACUCUCGCACUCCUGGACUGUAAAACUCAACAUUUCAGUUCCAUAAUAAUGCUGUAACGAUCGGUUUUGAUAUUCCAGUCAUUUUGGUUCUGAAGGUUUACAAAAUGUGAAAUGUUUCAACUCACCUCAUAUCUGUGACGGAUCAGAGUUUUACAUCUCUGUCUGGUUCAGUGUUCUGCUGUAACUCUCUGUGUUUUGAUAGUUUUAUUGAUAGAAAAUGACAAUUGAAAGACGUUUGCAUUUUUAUUUGGUAUUUUCUGUGUCUUGUCUUUUACAUCAUGAAAUGUUUUGCCUUAUGCUUCACUGCUGAAAGACCAAAUGACCAAGUGUUUUCUGUAUGUUAAACGUGAACUCAGAUCAGUUACUCUUGUUCUGUAUAUAUGAGGAUAUAUGAAAUCUGAUGCUAUAUUAUGCUGUAUGAUGAUGACGAUGCAUUGCUGUUGAACUGAAUCUUUACUGCUCUCUAGUGGACACUGAUAAUGCUUCUUUCAUUUUAAACAUAAAAUGCUAUUUUCAAGGUGCAAAUAACAAAGUCAACGUUAAGCCUGAAUUAAAUACACAAUAUAUGUGACCGAGUCAUAUGAUAAAAUUCUUGUGUUGUAACUUUGUCUUAAGGAAAUGUGUUAAGCAAAAUCAUUUUUACAGUAUGCAAAGAAAUGUGCCGUAUAACCUUUCUUCUAUAAACCAGCAUUACUUUAUGUUGCAGAAAUUGAAGGGUUAAAACCUGGCUACUUCAAAGGGCCCUUAAGAAUGAAGGAUUUCUAUGGGUACAGACGUUCACAGAUCAUUUCAUGUGUGGAUAAAAGUUUAGGUUUAGGCAGAAAAUAUGAACGUAUUCAAUAGGACGUAAUGGUUUGGGUUUCUAGACAGUACUCAUUUUCUUGACAUCACAUGUGAAACUGCUGCUGAUAUAUUUUACAGAUUUAGUUAAACAUGUAUGCCUGGUUUCACAGGCAAGCCUUAAAGGGAUAGUUUGCCCAAAAUUAAAAUUCUGUCAUCGUUUACCCAAGAAGAUAUUUUGAAGAAUGUCGAUAACCAAACAACGGUGGUACCCAUUGACUUGCAUUGGUUUUGUAUACAUACAAUGGAACGGUUAUGGGGUGAGGAAAUCAUAACAGGAUGUUUAUUUUGGGAUGAACUAUCCCUUUAAGGCCCUAGUCCCAGACAAAACUGAAUGUUUGAGCUGUCUCAACUGAAAUAAACUGUACCUUACGAUUCUUA